ACCCUACAAACGGUAGUGAUCCAUCGCCACUCUUCAGUAAGCAUGCCCCCCCCCCAACCUCCCUGAGGUCUGAUCUGUUCUUGUUUCAUGUUCUCCUGCUCGAUUCUACCUUGAGUCCUCCUCCCUCGUCGUCAUUCAUGGCGAUGAUUUCUGCUUGGCACAGUGUUUGUCACAGCGUGGUCGGGGGCGACCACCAAAGGUGUGGUGUGGUGUGGUGUCUGGUAGUUGUGGUUAGGUUCAGUGGUUGUGGCGAUCUACUCAGACCGGCAUUAAGUCUGAAUCUUCAUGAUGGAAGCAGAAAAGGAUGCAUUGUCUCACAAGUUGGCAACUUGUCUGCGUCUGCAAAAUAUCUCCGGCCGAGUUGUUGAGGGGUUUGAUUCGGGUUCAUGCACCCACACCCUUCUUCAUUCCAAUGCAGAAAAUUGGCAUCCUGACACACCAAAGACCAAGUAGGCCACUUGCCAGCUCAACUAGCACUAAUAUACCAACCAUCAUGCUAAUGCUGUCUUGUAUCUUAAUGUGUUGUAUAGUUUAUUAGCUCCUCAAGAACAAUCCAUCUCCAGUACAAAUAUGAAAGCACAAGCUUCAAGCUUCCUUCAGACUACAAACAUAAAGAGAGACGACCAGCCACCCCUCGUGUACUACUUCCCAGUUCUACUGUCCAACUCCAUUGUUUGAUCUAGCACAGUUGGUUUGGAAAUUCUCUUCAUCUGAGAUGUGUGGAGGAGCCAUUCUCGGUGAUCUGUACUCGCCGGCGCGGCGGACGGUGCACGCCGGUGACCUGUGGGCAGACAGCGGCAGCAAGGGCAAGAAUGGUGGAGAUAGCUUGAAGAGGAAGGAGAGUUCUUGGGACUUCGAUAUCGACGGCGACGAGGAUGACUUUGAGGCUGAUUUUGAGGAGUUUGAGGAUGACUAUGAUGAUGAUGUGGUUUUCGGGCACGACGACCAAGAAUCCGACAUGAAUGGCCUCAAGCUCGCCGGACUCAGCGCCGCCAAGCUCGGCCUCGGCAGCAGGAAGAGGAAGACGCGAUACCGAGGGAUCCGGCAGCGGCCGUGGGGGAAAUGGGCGGCCGAGAUCAGGGACCCGAGCAAGGGCGUCCGCGUCUGGCUCGGCACGUUCGGCACCGCCGAGGAGGCCGCCAUGGCGUACGACGUCGAGGCCCGCCGCAUCCGCGGCAAGAAGGCCAAGGUGAACUUCCCGGACGCCGCCGCCCCGAAGCGCCCUCGCCGUGCGGCUGCCAAGCCGCCGCAGCAGCAGAAGGCCAAUUCGUCGUCGCCGCCGGAGAGCGUGAACGUCAGCAGCGACGGGUCCAAGUCCAACCGCGUCAGCUCGGCUGGCAGCAGCACCGACUCCGCCGCCGCCGCCAUUGACGACGUCAAGCUCGAGCUGCCGCCGGAGACGGAUCCCCUACCAAUGGCGGCCGCAUGGCUCGACACGUUCGAGCUGAACGAUCUUGACGGAUCACGAUGCAAAGACACGAACGGAGCUGUUGCCGAUGAUUUCGCGUACUACGAACCGAGCUACAUGAUGCAGUUGGGCUACUUCGAAGCGAGCGCGUACGACAGCAUCGACGCUCUCUUCGGCGGCGAGGCCGUUCAGGAUGGAGUGAACAUCGGUGGCCUCUGGAGCUUCGACGACAUGCCAAUGGAGUUCAGAGCUUGCUGAUCGAUCGAUGCAGUGAUCGAUCGAUGCGUGAACUAAUCGCGAGGAAUUCAGCGUUGUAACUUGUAACAUCGGUGAUGAUGAUGAUGAUGAUAUGAGUGUUGAGUGCAGUGCAGCUCUCUUUUUUUUUGUAAAUAUGAAUUCUUUCAAAUGUUUUGUGCUGUGCCUUUCUUCAGGGAUUGGUUCAGGCUUUUGUGUUAUGACUGAUUGGAGGAGAGAAAGAUAUCAUCUUUUGGUGUCACGUUGGUGCUCUACUCCAAAGAUGAUUCCUACCUUGCUCCCUUUCUGAGAUUACUGAAUAAAAUUAACACCCCGGCCUUUACUUUAGAAAAAAACUACAGCCAAUUAUCAUCACAUCAUUAGUAGUUUAAAACCACCAUGUUCCUAAAGUUGAUUAAGUGUCAAUAUUUUCAAGCGCAAAAGAUGCAGUGGCAUUGA